ACAGUCGUUAUUGCUUUGUGAAGGCCAAGGUGACCCCGUCACAAAGAGUCAAAGACAAACCACACCAACCAUGGGUGUGCAUUGGAAAAUCAGCUGGGGAUAUACAUUGUGCCCAUUGUACUUGUAUGGCAGGAUUAGGGGAGGUGUGUAGUCAUGUGGCAAGUGUUUUGUUCAAAGUACAGACAGGAGUCCUCCUAGGACUUACCACAAAGUCAUCAACGAGCGAAAUAUGCAAAUGGAAUCAGACCUUCAGAAAAGAGAUUGAGCCAAAGCCUGUGGCAGAGAUGCAGAACAUUCUUAAAGCCCACAGAACAAAACCGGUGGAAACUGUAAAUGCUACAGGUAAAGAUGCUCUACCAAACCUGUCUGUGCUUAAAGCUUUGAAAGAAGUUGUGCCAAAUGCAGCAUUUUUUACAACUAUCCCACCAGUAGACAAAGAUGAUAUUGACACUACCAUACCAAAGAGGAAAGUUGAUAAGAUGCCACCCACACUAACAUCUCUUCGGAAUAAAGGUCUUGUUGAUGUAGACACAGACACAUGUAGUAACAUUUGGACAAACUACAAUGUUACCAAACUUCAAGCUUCUAACUUGGAAAUUGUAACACGAAGUCAGUCAGCAUGUGACAGGUGGUAUGAACACCGAAAUGGACGGAUAACUGCCAGUAAGGCUCAUGAUGUAUUUGUACGCAAGGACACAACCAGCCCAAAUGUACUUGUAAAGAACAUCAUGGGGUACAAGUCCUAUGACUUGUCAAAAAACAAGGCUAUUCGUUGGGGACUUGAUAAUGAGGAUAAAGCUCGUACACAGUACACAAGUGCUAAUAAGACUGUACACAAUGAUUUCAAGUGUGAAACAACAGGAUUGUUAAUAGACCAUAGGUCUCCCUUUAUUGGUGCAUCUGCUGAUGGACUUAGAUGUUGUACCUGCUGUGGAAAAGGAACUGUGGAAAUCAAAUGUCCUUAUAAACAUAGACAGCGAAACUUGAGUGAGGUAGCCAGUGAAGACAGUAGUUUCUACCUAACCCCUGAUCUAAAACUUAAAGAGUCACACAAGUACUAUACACAGGUUCAAAUGCAAAUGCAUGUGCAUCAUGUUCAGUUUUGCGACUUUGUGGUCUGCACAGAUUGUGACAUGGUAAUUGUUGUCAUUCCAUACAACGCAAUGUAUUGUCAGGAAGUUGUUAAGAAAUGUCAAACUUUUUUCCAAACUAGUGUGUUGCCAGAAAUUCUGACCGGAAAACUAGAGACAGAUAUUUGUGUUCAACCUUCCAAAAUAACAAGCAAGACGUACUGUUUAUGCGGAGAACCUGCUUAUGGACUUAUGGUGCAGUGCAGCAAUGACUCCGACUGUCCAAUGGAAUGGUUUCACUACAAAUGUGUGAAUAUCAAGAGGAAACCAAGGGGAAAGUGGUUAUGUCCCGAAUGCAAAGCAUAACAAAAAAACAUUAAAUUCAAUCAGACUUCAUUUAUUCGGCACUGAACUAUUCAUUUUGUAUUUGACUCUAGAAGCAUUUGAUGAAGACAAUUUUAAAUAACAAUCAAGAAGGAAA